CUCAGCGCCGUGCUGCGCCAAACCCUUGCUGCUGUGGGGCCAGCAGCCAGCAGCAGCAGCAGCAGCAGCAGCGGCGGCGGCGGCAGCAGCAGCAGCAGCAGCAGCAGCAGCGGCGGCGGCGGCGGCGGCGGCGGCAGCGGGUGCAGCAGCCCGCCGAACAGCAACGCAGCAGAGCAAGCAGCAGCAGAGGGAACUGCAGCGGAGGAAGCAGCAGCUGGCGAAAACCCAGCAGCAGUAGAAGCAGCAGCAGCAGCAGAGGGAACAGCAGCGGAAACAGCAGAAGCAGCAGCAGAGGAACUGGAGGCAUCAACAGAAGACCAAGCAGCAGCAGCAGCAACAGCGGCAGCAGAGGGACCAGUAGCAGCAGCAGAAGACGAAGCAGCAGGUGUAGCAGAGGGAGCAGCAGCAACAACAGAGGGAACAGCAGCAGGUGCUGCAGAGGGAACAGCAGCAGCAGCAGCAGCAGAGGAGGGAACAGGAGAGGCAGAAGAAGCAGCAGCAGCAGAUGAAGGAGCAGCGGCAGCAGCCGAUGAAUCAAUAGGAGCAACAGCCGCUAAUGAAGCGGCAGCAGAAGCAGCAGCAGCAAAUAAAUCAACAGCAGCAGCAGCAGCAGCAGCAGGGGACUUCGUGUCUCGCAGCUUUUUGAUCCUUGAUGAGCCCUGCAAGGGAACGGCGCCGAGCUGCGGAGCAGCGCUGCUGGGGGCGCUGCUGGAGCGGCUGGCAGCUGUGAGGGCGCAGGGAAUUGUAUCAACACAUUUGCACCGGGAGCUGCAGCAGCUGCUGCUGCUGCAGCAGCAGCAGCCUGCUGCUGCUGCACCUGCUGCUGCACCUGCUGCUGCACCUGCUGCUGCUGCUGCUGCUGCUGGUGCUCUCACUUUUAAGCAGGUCAGGAGACGCCGCGCUGCAGCAGACACGGCGCUCUGCGACGCAGACAGACAGCGGCUUGGUGGCUGCCAGCAGCAGCAGCAGCAGCAGCAGCAGCAGCAGCAGGUCGGAAGAUCGCAAGAAGGCUUCACAGCCAGCUCGGACUCGCUGGCAGCUGAUCCAGCAGCAGCAGCAGCAGCAGCAGCAGAGGCAGCAGCAGCAGCAGACGAAUACAAAUAUGAAUUAAUCGACGGAGUCUGCACUUAUUCAAAUGCUCUUCAAGCAGCAGCAGCAGCAGGUUUCCCACAAGACAUCAUAAACAGGGCCCGUGUGCUGCGGCAGCAACUGACGAACGUGCAGCAGCAGCAGCAGCAGUUGCUGCUGCAGCAAGUGCAGCAGCAACGAGAGCAGCAGCAGCAGCGAGGGCAGCAGGCGCAGUCAGAGAACGAGGACGCGCAGAAUGAGCGGCAGCAGCAGCAAGAGCAGCAGCAGCAGGAGCCCCAGCAGCAAGACCAGCUGCAGCAGGGCAGUGCAGCAACAGCAGCAGCAGCAGCUUCCGAGGUUUCCAACGCUCGCGUUGCUGCUGCUGCUCAAUUCCAGCGAAAGGUGGAGGCCCUGACGCAGCUGCUGCGCCGAACAGCAGCAGAAACCAGCAGCAGCAGCAGCAGCAGCAGCAGCUCCUUUCCCGUGGUUUCUUUGCCUGCGUUUCCUCCGCAGCUGCUGCCUCCCCCCGCGUUUUCUGGGGCUGCAUGCGUUUUGCUGCUGGUGGCAGCAGCAAGGAGUUCGCAGAAGCAGCAGCAGCAGCAGCAGCAGGUGCUGCGGCCUGUCUGUACACCCGACGGGGGGGAAGUGUGGGGCCCCACAGGCUGCUUUCGGGUGUACGUGGGAGCAACAGCAAACAUCAGCAGCAGUUUGUUGCGGCUGAAGCAAAACCCUCACUUUGCUGCUGCUGCUGCUGCAGUGCUGCUGGCAGCAGAUGUGGCCCACGCCCGGAAGACGCAGCAGCAGCUCAAAGCAGCACUUAAAAGAGACCCUUCUGUGGCUCUUCUCCCCAACAGACACAAACCCUAA